UUGAGGUACAAUAUUGGCUACUCGAAGCGUUUAACCUCGAAAACUUUCUCAGUGCACAUCGUUAAAACUUACAGUGAAAAUUCUUAUGAUCCAAAGAACGAUGGAGAGUAAAGAGGGCAUCGUGAGUGUGAAACAAGAGACGAACGAUACUUGGCCAGAUGAAGGCGACGAUUUUGUUUCCAAUUCAGCAUACUCUUGCAAAAUUGAAAACGUUGAUGUAUUUCCAUCUUAUAAAACAUCGGCAAAUCAUAUGAAUAAGGUUAUGACGACACAGAAAAGAAAAGGUGAAAAAAUAUUCGUAGAUUUCGAGUGCAAAAAUGUUAAACCUGAACUGAUGUCUCAAUCAACCGCAGUCUGCAAAACUGAGUAUCAAAGUUGUAUACCUAUUGUAAAAAUGGAAAACCAAAUGGAAAACAAAAAAAAGUUGAAUGAUAGAGAUCUGAUAGUUUUUAUAAAAAAACAGUUUGACUAUGAUAAUAAUUGUCAGUUUCAAGUUAAUUCCCGAUUGAAGUUUGACGAACAUGAGGAGGUUAGAAUAUUUAAAAAAACUAUGCAUGAAAAAUUAACGAACAAACGAACGCAACAAGGAAUUAAACGAUUUGAAUGUGAAAUUUGUCACAAAUCAUUUGUAUACAAGAGUCAUCUCAAAUGUCACGUGAAUACAGUACAUAAGCGCAUCCAACUCUUCGAGUGUGAGAAUUGUCACAAAUCAUUUGGAUAUAAGCAUGUACUUCAAAGGCACAUAAUUACAGUACACGAUCGACAAAAAACCUUCGAGUGUGACAUUUGUAACAAAUCAUUUGGACAAAAAAGUACCCUCAAUCUUCAUACAAAUGCAGUACAUAAAGGCGAAAAACCCUUCGAAUGUAAUAUUUGUUACAAACCAUUUGGAUACAAGGGUGAUCUCAAGAGACACAUUAAUGAAGUACAUUAUCGUAUCAAACGCUAUGAAUGUGAAAUUUGUCACAAAUCAUUCGGAUACAAGAAUGUACUCAAAAAUCACAUAAAUUCAUACACAAUGGUAACAAACCUUUUGAAUGUGAAAUUUGCCAUAAAUCAUUUGGAUGUAAGUGUGAUCUGA